UCUUGUAUAUAUACAGUACUUCGUGGUCACCCGAUUUCUGAGAAGCUCCCUAAUUAAGCCUCGACGACGGCUAAUCCAAUCAUGUUAGCAUCACAGCCAAGUUCCUUUUCAAGCAUUGCCUGCUGGCCUAAUUUACAGGACACCAUCACGCACCAGCAUAAUAACUAUCACAUCUACACACAGACUAAUGAAGCGUCAAAGUCACUUGUUGAUCAUUGCCCUCCAUUCCAACUCGAUCAGUACUUCACGCCAUCCACCUCAAUCAGCAGCAACCCCACGAUGGCCCAGAAGCUUUGCCACAAUGCUAGGGAGCGUAAUCGUCGCCAAAAGAUUAAUGUUUUGUUCUCCACUCUGCGUUCACUACUUCCUGCCACUCAUGAUGAUCCAACGGAAAAAUUAAGUAUUCCGGAGACAGUUUCAGGCGUGGUCAAAUACAUACCAGAACUACAAGAGCAAGUGGAGGGACUGAUUCAAAAGAAGGAAGAGCUUCUUUCAAGGAUUUCUAGACAAGAACAACAAACUCGUCAAGAAAAUCCUAGGCAACUUCCUUCUCAAUUCUCUUCAUCUGCAGUUUCGGCAAGCUGGCUUAAUGACAGAGAAGUUAUGAUUCAGAUAUCCACAUAUAAGAGUCCAUUAUCUGAAAUCUUGCUUCAUUUAGAGGAGGAUGGGUUUCAACUACUAAAUUCUUCUUCGUUCGAGUCCUUUGGAGGAAGGGUCUUUCAUAAUUUACACCUUCAGCUGGAAAGGACUGAUAAACUGGAGCAUGCAUAUGAUCAGGUUUUGAGUGACAAGCUUUUUUCGUUGUAUGAAAAGGGGGGAGCAAUCUAAUUACGAAAAUAUUGGGUCUAUAUAUUUAAUUUAGUAUUGACAAAAGCAGGUAUUUAUAUAUAUAUAUAUAUAUA